AGUUGAGUGAGUAAAUAAUAAUAAUAAUAAUAAUAAUAAUCGUACUUGUAGUAAAAUGCCUAUUAUAAAAAAAAUAAUAAUGAAAAGUAAUAAAUAAUAAUGAUAUGUGCCGAAUGCCGAUUGGCGAUUACGAGACUAUUAUAAUUUAUAAUGAGUGUCUACGGUUUCUGAUUAUUUGUCGUGAUUUUCUCGGAAAUACAUCGUAUACUUAUUAUGCCCCACUAAAAAAGGAACAUCUGCAUCCUUAUACUCAUUCGUAUAAAUAAUAAUUGAAUCUUUUAUCAUCUACGGAUCGCGUGUUUCACUGACAAAUAUCGUUAUUUGUUGAAUGUUCGUAGUUUUCAGCCGUGGGUUGAAUAAUACCGGCGCCAACCGACACACGACGAUAUGAUGGAUUCGUCCAUUUCGAUCAAAGUGCACGUAGCUGUCCAAGCGACUCCUCACGAGAUACCUGUCACCAUCAAUACAACUGUGGAAGAUGUAAUUAUUGAGACCUCGAAGUUGUUAAACAUUGGUCCGGUUGCUAGACAUCUAUUUGGACUGAGAGUCUUGAGCGCCACAGACGACAAUCUGUGGUUGAGCCCCUCUCUGUUUAUACUAUAUGCUAAAAAUGAACAUCACAUUUAUGAGUAUAAGUUGAGGUAUAAAAUGCCGGAUGUCAAACGAUUGAAAUCAAUUGAUUGUUAUGCUUAUAAUUUCUAUUUUUAUCAAGUCAAAUCUGAUCUAUUGAAGAGUAAAGUUACUGGGUUGUGCUAUGACACAUGCAAACGAGAGCUCAUUGGCAUGGGUGUUGCCGACAUGUAUAGGUCCAUGUUAGAAGAAGACAAAUCUAGAGAAACCGUCGAGCAAAAUUAUAAACACUUUAUGCCCCAAGAAGUAGUUAAGCAACACAUGUUUUUUUUGAAAAAGCCUGUUCAAGAAACUUUAAAAAUACUUAUAAAUAACAAUACAAUUGGCCCUCUUUAUGUACCUGUCAUCAAAGAAAGUUAUUUAGAACAAUUUAAUUCUAUUGCACCAGAUUACUUAGAAGAAGAAUAUAAGGCUUUGUACAGCGAAAAUGGCAGUUCUGUGAAUGUUGCAUUUAGAGUAAAUCCAUUUCAUUCUGAAAUGCCUGGUAUAAGAAUGUGUACUGAAAACAGGAAAGAAUGGGUACAUUUGGCAGCUAUUGAAGACUUGUGCUUUCUAUCAACAACUGAUGAUGGCACUGUUGAAAUAUCUAGAAAGACUGGUAUUCCUAUUCAUUUGAAAUUCUUAAGUACAAGUACAAUGUUUUCAUUCAUAACAUUAUUAAAUGGUUAUUAUCGUUUAAUGGUUAAUUGGAAUUUUGACUUGUGUGCAUCUACUAAUACUCCAUCUUUGAGCAAACUUAAAUCAAUUCGUUCUCAUGGACCAAUCAGCAUAAUGAAAUCUACUUCUAUCUUGAAAAAAAAAAUGUCAAAAAAACAUGGAAGUUUUAUACUUAGACAAAGUAUGAAGAACUAUGAUAACUAUGUCAUCGAUGUUUGUGUUAAUCAGAGCAUGAAACCAAUGACAUAUGUAAUAGAAAGUAAGGGUGGAUUUUAUAAGCUUGCUGGUGAUGAUAAAAUAGAAUAUCCUUCUAUUUGGAGACUUAUUACUAACAAUAAAAUGUCUUUGAACUUUAUUGAAUGCAUUUUCCCAUCAGAUAUUGCUAUGAAUGAACUAUUAUUAUGUCAAAAUACUAGUAUUAAACAUAGUAUAGGUAAUGAUGAUGAAGAUGAUAAAAUUACCGGUCCCCAUUUAAUUAAUAGCGAUUCUAUACAUUUAUUAAAAACCAUUUGCUCACCAAAAAAAAAAAUGCAAUCACUUAUGAAAGUUCGAGUGGCUACUUGGUGCAAAUCUAAAAGAAAUGAAUCCACUGUUGUUGUUAAAUUAUUUCAGGAUGAUGUUAAUAUAAAUUUGCAUUUAAUGGAUUUGUUAAGUUUAUCAAAGAGAUGGAGUUCUGUGUCUUCGAGUGCUAUUGUACGAUUAUUUGGUCUAUGUGUUGAUACACCAACUGCCUUAGUCAGUGAAUACUUCGCAUUAGGACCCCUUGAUACAUAUCUGAGAACUAAUAAAGACAAUAUAUUAUUUAGCAAUUUAGUUGAAGCUGCAACAUAUAUAGCUACAGCAUUAUGGGAUAUGGAAACUGCAUGUUUAGUUCAUGGUAAAAUUCGAUGUCAUAAAUUUGUAGUAGCCGAACAUACCAAAAAUUCCUUUAUUGUUAAACUUACAGAUCCAGGCAUUCAUAAAUGUUAUACUAGCCAUGAUUUGUAUUGGAUUCCAACAGAAUUUUAUAACACCAUAGAACUUGCUCGAAAAUCUCCCCAAGCUGAUAUUUGGGCUUUUAGUUCAACAUUGUGGGAGUUAUUUAACUAUGGUAUUAUAUUACCUGAUGUUCAAAAUGUUGAAUUGUUUAAAAAAAGAUUUGAAAAAAAUGUAAGGAUGCCAAAACCAGAUUGUUGUACAGAUGACAUAUACCACAUAAUGACUGAUUGUUGGGACAGUGACCCUUUUAUAAGAAAAAAACCACAAGCAACAUUAAGAGAUUUAAGACAAAUUUGGCUACAAAUUUAUGCUAGUCCUCAACAUGAGUAUACACCUUUAAAAAAAGAAGAAAUAUACUCUGAUGAUGUCACUUGUUCUGAUGCAACAAUUUAUUAUACUUCAGAUUACACUAUUGAAACAUUUUUGGAUACUGUAUCAAGCUCUUUUUCGGGAAGUGAAACAAAAUCAGAUUUUAUUGAUUUUAAUUCUAACCCUGAUGACGGAAGAAGUUAUCAAAAUGAAAAUCCUAUGCUCGCAGCUACCAACACAAGCUUCAAUCAAUUCAUGGAACAGCUUACAUCCACGGAAGAGAUAAAGAACAAUUUGCAAAGUGCUAUGAACUGCCAAAAAAAAACAUAUCAAUUCAAUAAUGCUACAUUGACAUUACAACAAGUUAUAGGACAAGGAUUUUAUGGAGUUGUAUUAGAAGGAUUAUUAGAAUAUAGUGAUAAUAAAACCAAAAAAGUAGCUGUGAAGCAUAUGAAAAGAUCAUUCCAAACUGAGGAUUUCCAAAGAGAAAUUGGAAUUAUAGAAGGACUUAGCCAUCCAAAUAUUGUUGAAAUUGAGGGUGUAUUAGAAGAACCAAAUUUAAUGCUCGUAAUGGAAUAUAUAGAACUUGGUUCAUUAAGCAGUUACUUGAGAUUACAUGAAGAUGAACUCGUGGAGGAAACUAAUAGAUUAUUGAAAUACUCUUUGGACAUUGCUCAAGGAAUGGAAUAUUUAGGAAGCCUAAAUAUAAUACAUCGUGAUUUAGCUACAAGGAAUAUUUUGGUAUCAAGCCCGACAACUGUAAAAAUCUCAGAUUUUGGCCUAGCUCAAUUUUUACCUGAUGAAAAAUAUUAUUAUUUACAAACGAUGCGAGAUCUGCCUUUAAAAUGGCAUGCUCCAGAAGCUAUUUUGUAUGGAAAAUUUUCUCCAAAAACUGAUAUUUGGGCUUAUGGUGUAUUACUUUUUGAAAUUUUUUCCUUGGGUAAAGAACCAAAUGUAGUUUCCAAGUUGGAAGAAAGAUUAGACGUUGAAAAACUAAUAAGAGUUUUAGAAGAAGGUCACCGGUUACAGUGUCCAUCAUGUCCACCAUGCAGUAUAGACAUAUAUAACAAACUUAUGAGGCCUUGUUGGGCUUAUGUAGCAGGUGAUCGUCCAAAUUUCUCAGAUUUAAUAAAUAAUAUUAAAUCACUUAUGACUCUUGAAUCUGCUGAACACUUCACACGAGGAUAACAAAGAUGUUUUGAACAAAAUAUUAUCAUGACUUAAUAAUUUUACCAGACAAUCAAGGGGUACAAUGAACCUAUAUUAACAAUCAAGUGUUCUGAACAGUUCAUUAUGAUUCAGCAAGAACUUAAAUUACGAGAAUAAUAAUAAAAUUAAUGUGUAUGUUUGAAAAAGUACUUAGAAUACCUUAAGUGAUAACUAAAUACAAUUCUCAAGAGUUAUUCAAUUGCAAAUAUCAAGUAUUUAGAAAUUUUGUAUUUUCAAAAAAAAUUGCACACUAGUAAUCUAGUCAAACAAAAUAAAUAUAUUACUAUACAUAUUUAUAACCUUAAAUGUUUUGUUGUAAUGGAGGUGUAGAUGAAGAAACAGCAGAAACCAAAUAUUCUUGUAUAUAUGUUAAGAUUUAAUUUACUUCUAUCGUAUAUGCUAGUUGAUACUAAAUACUGUAGUUAUUAUUUGCUUAGUUAAAAAAAAAAUGUUACUUAAUAUUUGUAUGCAAUAAGACUGUACCCAUUAUGUUAAUUCGAAAACUUAGUAUUUAAUAAUCAUAAUGUAAUUAAAAUAUGACGGUGAGGAAAACACAAGAACAAAACAAAGGAUUUUUGUUGAAAUACUGUCAAUGAAAAAUGCAAGACUUUUUUUUUUAAAUAAACUGUAUUGUACUUAAAAUGAAAAUACAA